AUGGAUUUGCAUAAGCCAGCACACGUGGUUGUACUGUCGAGCCCAGGCUUAGGGCAUCUGAUCCCCACGAUCGAACUCGGCAGACACUUCGUCAUCCACCACAACUUCAAACUCACAAUCCUCGCCAUCACUUCCCAAACCUCACACACUGAAUCCCAAAUCCUCCAAUCAGCCACCAAUCCCUCCCUCUAUACCAUCAUCCAAAUCCCAUCACCCAACAUUUCCUCCCUCCUCCCAUCCUCCGCCGCAGUCUGCACCCGCCUCUUCCUAACAAUGCGCUACUCCCUACCUUCCAUCAAAUCCACCCUCACAAACUUAGAUAUCCCUCCUUCUGCCCUCAUCGUCGACAUAUUCGGAACAGAGGCUUUAACCUUAGCAGAACAACUCAACAUUCCUAAAUUCGUAUACGUAGCUUCCCAUGCUUGGUUUCUUUCGCUCUUUGCCUAUUCUCCCGUUUUGGACAAACAAAUCCAAGGACAAUACAUUGACCAGAAAGAACCGUUCAAGAUCCCUGGCUGUAAACCGCUUCGACCCGAGGAUUUAGUUGAUCCAAUGCUGGAUCGGAACGACUUGCAGUAUAAAGAAUUUCUUGUCGCAGCGAAUAACCUCCCCAAAAGCGACGCCAUUUUAGUUAACACAUGGGAUGAUCUUCAACAUAGAGAUCUAAAAGCGCUAAAUGGGGAGUUAUCGGGUGUGAUGAAGGUUCCUGUAUUUGCUGUUGGACCCCUGGUUAGACAAACCGAGUCAGAAAUGAGUCAAGAUACCGAGUCAAUGUUUCAAUGGCUUAAUAAGCAACCGAAGGAAUCUGUAAUUUACGUUUCGUUUGGAAGCGGUGGAACGAUGUCGUGUGAGCAAAUGAGGGAAAUAGCUUUUGGUUUGGAGUUAAGUAAACAGAGAUUCAUUUGGGUGGUGCGCGCGCCCACGGGAGAAGCUGCGGACGCAGCGUUUUUCACCACCGGAUCAAGUAACGGGUUUGAUGAGAAUGAGAUAGGGAAGCAGUUACCUGAGGGGUUUGUGGAGAGGAUUAAAAAUGUGGGUUUGUUAGUAAGUGAGUGGGCCCCACAAGUAACCGUUUUGAAACAUCCUUCUAUCGGUGGUUUUGUUUCGCACUGUGGUUGGGGUUCUGUGCUUGAGAGUUUAACCAACGGCGUGCCUAUGGUUGCUUGGCCGCUUUAUGCGGAGCAGAGGAUGAAUGCGACGUUUCUGGCGGAGGAGCUUGGUGUCGGGGUAAAGACUACGGCGUCACUGACGAAGAAUCUGGUGGGGAGAGAGGAGAUAGCGCGGUUGGUGACUAAUUUGGUGGGACAAAAUGGGAAAAACAACCACCGUAUGAGGGAUAAAGUGAGAGAGAUUAAGGUGAGUGCAGAGAAAGCUUUGUGUCAGGGUGGCUCUUCUUGCACUGCAAUGUCUAAAGUGGCAAAAAUAAUUGAAACAGGAGAAUUAAUUACGCUUAAGAAAAACGUGCAGACAAACGAGGGAUGA